UUGAUUUUUUUAGUUUUACUGAAGAAAGAAGUUUUUAUGUUCUUGUUUUCUAUCAUAUUUAUUGAAACUUUAUUGCCUGAUGUUUUACAAUAAGGAAUAAAAGUGAAGGAUGAAACGUUUUUAUUUAGAAAAGCAGGAAAAUCUUCUGAUCAUGAACAUUUUAUUCCUCUGCAGCUCAUUUCAUAAACAUCUCAGUUUUACAUUUUUCUUAUGAUUAUUUCCAGAAAUCUGUUUGAUGUUCCCCGUGUCUACCUGAGUGAGUGAUGACAUCACCUCUAAAGCUCAAACCGUUUCCAUGGAGAUGAGCUCUAAAUCAUGUUAAAUAUAUUUUCUCUGUUUGGACGUGAACUCAGAGCGACGUCAGUUUUCUGUUUUUGGGUUUUGGCUUUUCCUGCAGCAGAUGGUCGUCUGGCUCUGGUCGCUCCUUCAUGUUUACGACCAGAACCAUCUGACGGGCCGGUACCGGUACCGGUGCCAGGAUACCUGCUGGAGUCGCCCUGAUCCCCAAGGUGGAGCAGAAAUAAAUCCUCCAUCUGCAGCAACGUUUCUGUCAGACAUGAUGGCUGCAGGUUCCUCUGACGGGGAACAUCUAAUGAUGGAAUAAUGUCAGAUUUAAACAAGUUCUAAGGUUUAAUUCAACCAAGAUUUGGACUUUAUACUUCAUCCAACUCCAGGUAAAACCUGAAGAAUCUGCAGAGGUUUGAAUCCAGGAAAGCUCAGAGGAAAAGUCGGGACUUUAAAUUGUUUCCUGAAGAACGGAGAGGAAGACUGGAGGCGAGGAAGACUCUGCUGGACAUGGAGGGACAUCCAGAGGUCAAAGAAGAAACCAGAAUGGAGGCAGAAAACGACCCGACUGCAUCAGCGACAGACGGAGGGAAAGAACAACUGCAAACAGGGGAGGGAGAGAAAGAAGAGAUUCACCAGGAGACGGAGGAGGAAGAGGAGGAUGGAAAAGAUGAAGAGGAGGAUGGAGAGACAAAUACAAAGAAACAUUUGGGACUUUGGGAAUCUGAGGCUGCCGCCGACCUGAAGCCUCGGCUGCCGGAUCCAGAGUUUAACCGCAGAUGCAGUUUGAUCCUCAGUGAUGUCCACUAUAAGGAGGACUUUGAGAAGAUGAAGGGUCAGAGCCUGUUUGUCCCUGGAGCCGAACUCAUCCACUCCAGGAACAUCAGCGCCGUGAUCUCUGAGUCCAAGUACAAGGAGGACGGGAAGAAGGAGGCGAAUCUGUCCCUGUACUCCGUCCUGCCUGAGACUCCAGAGACGCAGCGAGCCAAGGAGGCUUCAGAGCUGCAGAGCGAGAUCAAAUACAAAGGGAAUGUGAAGACAGAGAUUUCUUCCUCUCUCUACUCUCUGCUGCCUGAAACCACAGAGACCCAGUUUGUGAGAGAGCUGACGGAGAUGCAGAGCGAGAACAAAUACAAGGAGGAAGGCAGGAAGGAGAUGAGCAGCAGUUUGUUCUCUCAACUUCCUGAAACCAGCCAGACGCAGCUGGCCCGGACCGUCCAGGACCUCCAGAGCCAGAAAAAGUACCAAGAGGACGGGAGGAGGAAGGCGUCCGUGUCGCUGUACUCCCAGCUGCCAGAAACACCGGAGAUCCAACACGCGCUGGAGGUUUCCCAGCUGCAGAGCGACGUGAAUUAUCGCUCCAAGCUGCCGGGCAGAGGAGCUGCUUCCUGUCUGUACUCCCAGCUGGCCGACACCACAGAGAUCCAGUUCGCCCGGGAGAUGACGGAGCUGCACAGUGAGAGUAAAUACAAGGAGGGCGGCAGGAAGAGCGUCUCCCAGAGUUUCUACUCUCAGCUGCCAGAAACGGCAGAAACUCAGUUUGCUAAAAGUGUUUCUGAUCUGCAGAGUCAGACCAGAUAUAAGGAAUCGGGGAGGAAAGGCGUGAGCUGCAGUCUGUACUCUCUGCUGCCGGAGACGAUAGAAACGGCUCGAGCCAAAGAGGUUUCUGAGCUGUGCAGCGAGCUGAAGUAUAAAGAAGAAGGCAGGAAGGAUGCGAGCGUCAGCCUGUACGCUGUUCUGCCGGAAACCAUGGAAACGCAGCAUGCGAAGGAGGCGACCAGCUUGCAGAGCCAGGUGAAAUAUAAGGAAGGUGUGAAGGAGAAGAUUCAGAGCAGUUUGUACCAUCAGAUGCCUGAAACUACGGAAACACAGAUGGCCAAACAUCUGUCCGAGCUGCAGAGCGACACUAAAUACAGAGAAGCAGGAAAGAAGCAGAUCAGCAGCUGCCUUUACUCUCUGCUGCCUGCGACUCUGGAGACGCAACACGCUAAAGAGACGACAGAGCAGCUGAGCCAGCUGAAGUACCAGGAGAGCAGCAGGAAGGAAAUGUCCAGCAGCCAUUAUGCCACCAUGCCAGAGACGCCAGAGACCAGCUUCGCCAGAGAAAUGAGCGACCUGCAGAGUGAGGUUAAAUAUAAGGAGGACGGGAUGAAGAGCGUCUCUCAGAGCCUCUACAGUCGCCUGCCAGAAACGGCCCAGAUGAAGUUUGUUCAGGACGUUUCUGAGCUGCAGAGCGAGAUGAAAUAUAAGCAGGACAGGAAGGAAGCGAGUCGCUCGCUGUUUUCCACGCUGCCUGAGACUCUGGAGACGAUUCACGCCAAGGAGGUUUCUGACCUGAUCAAUGAGAGGAAAUACAGAGACUCUGUGAAGAAAGAUCUGAGCUGCAGCCUUUUCCACCAGCUGCCUGAGACGCUGGAGACUCUCCAUGCCAAGGAAGCGUCCGACCUGCUGAGCGAGGUCAAAUAUAAAGAAGACGGUAAGAAGGAGAUGAAUGUGAAUCUUUACUCUGUGAUGCCUGAAACCAUCGACACGCAACACGCCAAGGAGGCGUCGGAGCUGCAGAGUGACGUGAAAUAUAAAGAAGGAGUGAAGGAAACUCAGAGCAGUUUGUACCAUCAGCUGGCUGAAACUACGGAAACCCAGAUGGCCAAACAUCUGUCCCAGCUGCAGAGCGACAAUAAAUACAGAGAAGCUGGACGGAAGGAGAUGAGGGCCAACAUUUACUCUCAGCUUCCCGACACCAUGGAGACCCAGAGAGCGAAGGAAGCGGCAGAGCUGCUGAGCCAGAUUAAAUAUAAAGAAAGUGGGAAGAAGGAAAUGUGUGGCUCUUUGUACUCGACUCUCCCCGACACUCUGGAAACCAGCUUCGCCAGAGACAUGACUGACCUACUGAGUGAGAACAAAUACAAAGAGGACGGGAAGAGGAAUCAGUCUCAGAGUUUUUACUCUCAGCUUCCAGAAACAGCAGAGACUCAGUUUGCUAAAACCGUCUCUGAGCUGCAGAGUCAGAUGAAGUAUAAAGAAUCAGGGAAGAAAGAAUCGAUGACCUCUCUGUACUCGACUCUACCGGAGACUCUGGAGACGCAGCGCGCGAAGGAGGCGACGCAGCUGCAGAGCCAGCUGACGUACAAACAGAACCAGACGGUCGGAUCCAGCCUUUACCACCUGAUGCCAGAAACCAUCGACACGCAGUUUGUCCGGCAGCAGACGGAGAUGCUGAGUGAGGUGAAGUACAAAUCAGACGGGAUGAAGGAUCUGAGCCUCAGCCUUUUCUCUCUGCUUCCUGAGACUCUGGACAGUCAGAGAGCCAAAGAGCUGCUGGAGCUUCAGAGCCAGGCCAAAUACAAAGAGGCCAGUAAGAAGCAGAGUUCAUCGUCUCUGUACCACCAACUGCCUGAAACUCUGGAGACGCAACACGCCAAGGAGGCGACGCGGCUGCAGAGCCAGCUGCUUUAUAAAGAAGGAGUGAAGAAGGAGCUGCAGUGUCCGGUUUACCACCAACUUCCUGAAACGCUGGAGACGCAGUUCGCCCGCGAGGCCGGCCACAUGCAGAGCCAGCACAGAUACACAGCCGAGGGGAAGCAGCUUCUCUCUCAGAGCGUUUUCUCUCAGCUGCCAGAAACCAGCGACAUCAAGUCGGCUAAAGCUGCUUCAGAGCUGCAGAGCGAGGUCAAGUACAGGUCGUCUGGCCGGCAGCAGGACGGCAGCAGCUUCUUCUCUGUGAUGCCAGAAACUCUGGAGACUCAACAUGCCAAGCAGGUUUCUGAGAUGCAGAGCCAGGUCAAAUAUAAAUCGGACCUGAAGCAGCUGCAGUCCAGUUUGUUCUCCAGCCUUCCUCAGACGCUGCAGACCCAACGGGCCAAAGAAGUGACUGACCUGCAGAGCCAGGUAAAGUAUAAGGAGGGCAGCCUGACGGAUUCGUCGCCUCUGUACCAGCUGCUCUGUGAGACGCCGGAGACGCAGCUGAGCCGGCAGGUGAUGGAGGUCCAGAGCGAGGUGAAGUACAGGAAGGACCUGGAGGAUCUGCCCUGCUCUCUGUUCUCUCUGCUGCCUGAAACCCUGCAGACACAGUUUGUUAAAGAAAUGGCCGAGACGCACAGCGAGGUGAAAUACAAGCAGGCGGCGAAGGAGCAGACGGCGUCACCUCUUUACUCCUCGCUGCCUGAAACCCUGGAGAUGCGACACGCGAGAGACGCUGCAGCGCUGCAGAGCCAGAACAAAUACUCAGAAGAAGGAAGGAAGGAGAUGAGCUGCCCACUGUACGCCCAGCUGGCUGAAACGGCAGAAACUCAGUUUGCCAGAGAGGUGACAGAAAUCCAGAGUGAGAUCAAAUAUAAGGAAGGAGGGAAGAAGGUCCAGACACUCAGCGUUUACUCUCAGCUCCCAGAAACCAACGAAACCCAGUUUGCUAAAAACGUCUCUGAAAUCCAAAGUGAGGUGAAAUAUAAAGAGUCAGGAAAAAAAGAAACAUCCAGCAGUUUGUACUCGAAGCUUCCUGAGACUCUGGAGACGCAGCAUGCUAAAGACGCUACGCAGCUGCAGAGCCAGGUGAAGUACAAGCAGCCGCUCGGCGUCUCUCUGUUCCACCGCCUGCCUGAGACGACGGAGACGCAGCUGGCCAAGGAGCUGAGAGACGUUUACAGCCAGGUGAAGUACAGAGAGGAGGGGCAGAAGGAGAUGAGCAGGAGCCUUUACUCCCGCCUCCCGGAGACGGAGGAGACGCAGCGGGCAAGAGAGGUGGCCGAGAUCCAGAGCCAGUCAAAGUACAGGAAGGACCUGGAGGAUCUGCCCUGCUCUCUGUUCUCUCUGCUGCCUGAAACUCUGCAGACGCAGUUUGUUAAAGAAAUGGCCGAGACGCACAGCGAGGUUAAAUACCGGGAGGCCAGCAGGACGGACAGCGGCCGCGCUCUGUUCCACCAGCUGCCCGACACGCUGGAGACGCGCCGCGUUAAAGACGUUACAGAGCUGCAGAGCGAGAAUAAAUACAAGCAGAGCGGGAAAAAGUGCCUGUCGUCUAGUUUCUACGCUCAGCUGCCCCAGACUGCAGAGACGGAGCUCGCCGCCAAGAUGGCCGGCCUGCUGAGCGAGAACAAAUACAAAGAGGACGGCAUGCAGAGCCGCGGCCACAGCCUCUACUGCCAGCUGCCGGAAACCAGAGAGAUCAACUUCGCCAAAACUGUCUCUGAGCUGCAGAGCGAGGCUAAAUACAGGGCGGCCAGCAGGAAGGAGGCGGGCCGCAGCCGGUACCACGAGCUGCCUGAGACUCUGGAGACGCAGCACGCCAAGGAAGCAACGGAGCUGCAGAGCGAGGUGAAAUACAGAGCAGGCAGGAAGCAGCUGAGCUGCAGCCUGUUCUCUCUGCUGCCGCAGACCGAUGAGAUGAAGUUCGCCAAAGCUGUGAUGGAGCUGCAGAGCGAGAAUAAAUACAAGCAGAAAGGCAGACAGGAGAUCAGCUGCUCCGUUUUCCACCAAAUGCCUGAAACCAAAGAGACGGAGUUCGUCAAGCAGCUCUCAGAAAUGCACAGUGAAUAUAAGAAGGACCUGGAGGAUCUGCCCUGCUCUCUGUUCUCUCUGCUGCCUGAAACUCUGCAGACGCAGUUUGUUAAAGAAAUGACCGAGACGCACAGCGAGAAUAAGUACAAGGAGGCCAGUAGGAAGGAGCUGGUUCAGUCUCUGUACUCUCAGCUUCCUGAGACCAAAGAAACUCAGCAUGCGAAGCAGCAAACUCAGCUGUGCAGCGACAAAGCGUACAGGGAGGAGGGGAGGAAGGAGGCGGGUCGCUGUCUGUACGCCCAGAUGCCCCAAACCAUCGAAACCGUUCUGGCCAAGGAGGCGACCAGGACGCUGAGCGAGAAAUCCUACAAGGAGAAGUUCAACCGUGAGAAGGGGAGGAGCGACUACAGCAGCAUGAAGAACCUGCCGGAGGUGGAGCACGCCAUGGAGGUCGCCAGGAAGCAGAGCCAUGUCAGCUACAGGUCGGGCAGAGAGGAACUGCAGCGCUACAACCCGGCGCCCGACCGGCCCGACAUCAUCAGCGCCGCCAACGCAGCCAAGCUGGCCAGCGACGUUGCCUAUAAGCGCAGCGCCAAGCAGCCGGUCUACAGCGAUGGAUCCAUCCUGGACAGAACCGACAUCCUGCAGGCCAAACAGGCCUCCAGGCUGGCCAGCCAGGUGAAGUACAAGGAGAGCUUCGACCGGCUCUUAAAGGGCCAGCGGCCACGCUACAACCCCAUGGACUGCGUCUCCUUCAAACACACACAGGCUGCAGCUGCUCUGGCCAGUCAGGUGAAGUAUAAAACCAAACAGAACCAGAGGCCCGAAGGCUCGUCGGACCUGCCCAACCUGCUGCAGCUGGAGCACGCCCUGCAGGCCAGCAGGCUGCAGAGCAACCUGGAGUACAAGAAGAAGUACGAGCAAACCAAGGCCCACUACCACAUCGCCGUGGAUACGGCGGAGCAGCAGCACCACCGGGAGAACGCCGUGCUGCACAGCCAGGUGAAGUACAGGGAGGAGUAUGAGAAGAACAAAGGACGCUCUCUGAUGGAGUUUGGAGAAACUCAGAGCUAUAAAGUAUCUAAAGAGGCUCAGAAGAUGCAGAGCGAGAGGGAAUACCGCAGGGACUUUGAGGAGCAGGUGAAGGGCAAAGCUUUGCUGGAAGCGGAUCAGACUCCAGGAUUCCUGGCGGCCCGGAACGCCAGCAGCCUGCUGAGCGAGAAGGCGUACAGGAAGGACCUGGAGCAGGAAGUGAAGGGGCGGGGCUUAUCUGGGGUCGGCCUGGAGGAAACGCCUGAGCUUCUGAGGGUGAAGAAAGCCAGUCAGAUUCUGAACCAGAAGGAAUACCGGCGGGAUCUGGAGACGGAGAUCCUGGGGAAAGGGAUGGAGCUGAGCGCCGACGUCCUGGAGAUCCAGAGAGCCACCCGGGCCUCGCAGGUCCAGAGCCAGAUAUCGUACAAACAGACGGAGCAGCUGAGGGAAAACUCGUACGGGACGCUGACCGACACGCCGGCGCUGCUGCACGCCGCCUACCUCAAAGACGUCUACAGCCAGAAGAAGUAUAAGGACGAGGCGGAGCAGCUGAAGGGUCGGUACUGCCUGGCGUCAGAAACCCCGGAGAUGGAGCGGGUCCGAGCCAACCAGAGACACAUCAGCUCUCUGCGGUACUGCUGGGACUCCAAGCUGAUGAGAGGCCUGACGGCGUCGGUCGCCGAGACGCCGGAGAUCGUCCUCGCCAGAGAGAACGCCAAGAAGAUCAGCGACGUACGCUCACACACCUACACACACACACACACACGCUCACACACACCUACACACACACCUACACACACACACACACACACAGUCCGGUACCAGCGCGGCCUGCAGGAGCUGAGGGGGCGGAGCCUCAGCGAGCUGGACACGCCCGAGUACCAGCGGGUCAGACGGACCCAGGACUCGGUCUCCAUGGUGUUGGUGUGUGUGUGUGUAUGUUGGAGUGUGUGUUGGUGUGUGUGUGCGUGUGUUGGUGUGUAUGUUGGAGUGUGUUCCCUCCUCUUCAGGUCACCAGCGUCUCUCCGUUUGUUCCUCCAGGCUAAGUACCAUGAGGACUUUGAGCGGACCAGAGGUCGGGGCUUCACGCCCGGAUUGGACGAUCCCAGCAUGGAGCGCUACCAGAGAGCCAAUCAGAUGAUGGGGGAGGCGGCCUACGCCAAGGGGAUCCACCCCCAGGCGGUGGAGAUGGACCGGCGGCCCGGAGGCAUCAUCGUAGACCUGAAGGUGUGGAGGACAGAUCCAGGCUCCAUCUUUGAUUUUGACCCUGUAGAGGACAACAUUCAGUCCAAAAGUCUGCGCAGGAUGUCGGAGCGCGCCGGCCGCAGGCUGAGCAGCCAGCUGUCCCAGCAGUCUGCCAGCUCUGUGACCUCUGACCUCUGGGACCGCAGCGGCAGCAGCACUCCUGCUCCCGUCCUGCCCGGUGCGUACCACCACCACCAUCAUCAUCAGGGCGUCCAGCAGCAGCCGCAGUUCCACGGCUACAUGCAUCAGACCAGCAUGUCGUCGGUCCGAUCCGUCACCUCGCCGCCGCACUCCGCCACAUUGCGAGUUUACCGGGCGCUGUACGACUACGCGGCCCAGGACCACGACGAGGUGUCCUUCAGGGACGGAGACGUCAUCGUCAACGCCCAGCCCAUCGACGAGGGCUGGAUGUACGGCACCGUGCAGCGGACCGGCAAGUCCGGCAUGCUGCCCGCAAACUACGUGGAGUGUUGCAACUGAACAGGGAGGAAGAGGAGGAGGAGGAAGAGGAGGAGGAGGAAGAGCUGGAGUCCUUCAGGGUGAAAACUUUCAACGCUCUCAGAUGCUGGUGAUGAUUUUAUUUCAGGGGUCCUUUAUGUUCCACCAGCUGCAGAAAUGACGUCCAACAUGUUCUCCGCUGAACCUUUUAGUCAUCAGCCAAUCAGACGCCUGGAAAUUCACUGAGGAAGAGGAGGAUGUGUGUGAGAGGCUGAGGUUCUGAUCAACCACAGGAAAGAAAAUUAGUUGGAGGGAAAAAAAGCUCUGAUGGUUAAGUGAACUGAGACAAACUGAAAGAGGUGGUCUAGUCCAAGUUUCAGGUUGAAGUUCUGUGAUAUUUCUUCCUCUGUCUGUUUUUUUGUUGUUGUUUUUCUCCACACAUCGCUGUCCACACUAAUUCACUCAGAUCUAAUCUGGAUGAUUUUUCUUCCACUAAACUUUCUGACAAAGUGAAAGGAAGCAGAAAGUUUAUGAUCAGAACGAACUGAAAGAAAACGUUUCCGCCCUGAAGCUGCUGUUAGCAAACGAAGCUACAUCCACUCUGACACUGGAUUAUAAUCCCAGAUUAUUUCAUCUCGUUUAAUAUUUAGUCAUUUACACGUUUAAUUUUUAUUGGCUGAUUUUCUAUAACUUUUAUUCAUGUAUUUAAAAAUGAAGGGAGCAUUUCACACUGACUUUAAUCUAAAUCUGAGUUAGUGUCUCAAAUUUAAAUAGACAACUUAAUGUUUAUUAUUUUGUUUUAUUAAUAUUUAUAAAUUAAUUUUCAUUAUUGGCAUCCUGUAUAAAGUUGCCUCCUCUCGUACUAAAGUUAUAAAUAUCAUGUACCAGAUUAGCCCGUUAUUAUUUUGGGUUCAGUCAUUAACAAACCAGUGAGGCUGUUUUAAUGGACCUGCUGCUUCCCAGGGAUGAAACCAGUUGAGUUUUUCUCUUUGGUCAUGAAG